UUAGUUUUGAAUCACUGCCCAUGCUUCCCUAUUGGCCCUACUACAUUGAUUUCCAACUUUACGGCCAGUCUCUCCCUCUCUCUCCUCUCUCUCUCACGCACACAGACACAGAAGGAAAGGUUCUUUCUGUGCAGGAUCACAAUCUAACGGCUGAAAACGAAAGUCAUUCCAACGCAAAGCUCACUGACGCUUUAGAGCACAAACACAGAAACACUCUCACCACACUAAACCAUCAGACGAAGAAGCUUCACAAAUUCUCAGAUCUCUCUCUGCUCUGUUUCAAGCUCAUCUCUUUCAGGGCUUUGCGCACGUCGUCGAGUCCGUACAAAUGGAGACGAAAAGGAGUGGUGGUGGAGGCGAGGUUACGGUUGGCCAGGUCUGGUUGCUAUCGUGCGCCUGGGAGGCUCUUGCUACUCUGCUUACGUCAGCCUUGCUUUCUUUGGCCGCUCAAGAUCCUUUUGCGCCCUCAACAGCUUGUGGACCAAAAAGUGGAGACAAUGAGAGUGAACAUUCCAACUACAAAGCAGUGGAUGCUGACGAAGAUGGAGAUGAAGAGAAGAACGAUGGUGGAUUAGGAGAGACCGAAGAGGAGCUAUCGUCUGAUGAUGGGGGAGGCAGUGGGAACAACCCUAAUGGCAAAAGCAACAACUCCAAAGCCGAGUCUGGAGGAGAAGCCGCUGGAGUAGGCGAAGAUGGUGAAGAGGAAGAAGAAGAAGAUGGCAACAACCGUGAUGACGACGACGACGACGACGGCGAUGAUGAUGGAGAUCAAGACAAUGAAGAUGAUGAGGACGAGGAGGAGAAUGAUGAUGAUGAAGGUGAGGACAAGGAGGAGGAAGAAAUUGUGGAAGAGGAUGAACCAGAGGAUGAAGAAGAGGAUGAGGAAGAGGCCCUUCAGCCCCCAAAGAAGAGGAAAAAGUGAAAGAAGCUGCUGCUUCUCAUUGUACCAACGAUGAAAAGUGCUGUUUAACUUCGUACUCUCUUUAUAGGAGGAAGUUUCUGUGCCAGAACUGUUUAGGCUAAUUUUCUUGUAUUUCGUACACAUUUUAUGGUCCAAUAAUAUUUAGAAAAGACAAAAAUAUAACCCAA